AUGAUUUUAUUACUAACCCUAAUAUCAAUUGGGUGUGGUAAUUUUUUAGGCAAGGUUAAUAAUGUUGAAACAGACUAUCUAAGAGUAUUUUUAUUUCCUCAUUCACAUGAUGAUGUUGGAUGGGUUAGAACAAUGAUGGAAUACUAUAAAGAUUAGCAUGGAGUCAAAUAAAUUAUUAGUUCAUAUAUGGAAUAACUAAUAAAGGAUAAAAGUAAGCAUUUUUCUUAAGUUGAGAUUGCAUUCUUCUCUAUGUAAUUUGAUUUCAUUUAUAUGUAAUAGUUGGUGGAAUGAACAAAGUGACACAAUGAAAGAAUAGGUCAAACAAUUAGUAAAGAAUGAACAGUUAGAGUUUUUGAGUGGAGGUUGGUGUAUGAAUGAUGAGGCCACAUCUUAUUAUGAAGAUAUAAUAGAUUAAAUGACACUUGGACAUAAAUUCUUACUACAACACUUUAAUUAUAUUCCAUCAGUUGGAUGGUAAGUAGAUCCAUUUGGACAUUCUAAUACUUAAGCUCUAUUCUCAAAUAUGAUGGGAUUCAAUGCUUGGUUUUUUGGGCGAAUUGAUUAAGAAGAUCGUUCAAUUAGAGAAAGAAAAAAAGAAUUAGAAUUUGUGAUACAUCCUGAUACAGAUUAAGGACAUUCCAUAUUGACACAUGUUAAUUAUUAUGGAUAUUAUUCAUCACCUAGAGGUUUUGAUUUUGAUGUUACUAAUCCCAAUAGAUAAUAAGUUACAGAUUCUAAUUUACAAUCUAAAACAGAUGAAUUAGCUAGAUAUUUCAAUCAAUAAUAAAAUUCAUACAAAGGUAAAAUAUUAGCUCAUACACUUGGUAUGGAUUUCUAAUGGUCAGAUGCUGCUUCCUAUUUUGGUUAAAUGGAUAGAGUAAUCAAUAAAGUCAAUAAUAAUACAGAAAAAUAUAAAAUGAUUAUUCAAUAUGGAACUCCAAAAUAAUAUAUCUAAGCAUUGUAUGAAUAAAACAUUACAUAUCCAUCUUAAUAAGAAGACUUCUUUCCAUAUGCUGAUUACCCUAAUCAAUAUUGGUCUGGAUAUUUUACUAGUCGUUCAGCAUUUAAAGGUUAUGUGAGAAGAAUAGGUAGAUAUUUCCAAUAAGUUAAAUUAUUUUAUUCCUUUAUGAAAAUCAACAAUUAAUGCAAGUCUCUUUGUGAUGAAACGAAUCUCAAAAAUUUAGCUGAAGCAUUAGGUACAGCUUAACAUCAUGAUGCAAUCACUGGAACUGCUAAAUAAUAUGUUAAUAAUGAUUAUAUCAAAAUGAUAAAAACUGCUUAUCAGGAGAUGAACAAACAAGUAAGUACUCUACUUAAUAGUCUUUCAAAUACAUAAUCUAUUACUCAUUCUACCUGUAAUUUCAAUGGAUCUAAUGUCUGUCACUCAUUAUUUGAUCCUUUAAUCAAAAACUAAACUGUCAUUCUAACUGUCAUUGAUGCUAAAGUUAAUAAUGAUGGAAUCAAAGAAUACCUUAAGAUUUUUGUACCUGAUAAUUUAUUCAUCAAAGCUCUUGAUGAAAAAGACAAUCUUUUAAAUGGAGAAAUCCUAUGUACUAAUGAAUAAUGUAUUCUCUAUUUACCAAGAAUUGUUGAUAAUUCAAAACUCAUUCAUUUUUAUAAACUUCAAACUGUUGCUUCUUAAGAUGAUACCGAUAUUAUCAAAAUUCAACCUGAAACUAUUACUGUUGAUAAAGAUACAAAACUAUUUGGCAAAUUUAAACUCAAUUAUAAUUACUAUGUUUCAUCUUCAGGUGCUUAUAUCUUUAGACCAGAUGGAUAACCACAUCCAUAUGGAAAUUAUAUAAAAGCUUAUAAUUUUACUGGAAGUUUAGUUAAAUAAAUUUAUAUCGAAAAAAGUGGUAUAAAAGCAUGGGUUACAACCUAUGAUGAAGAUGAAAAUAUCUUCUAUUUAGAUACAUUUGUGGAUUCCAUUAAUAUGUCAGAUUAUAGAGGAAAAGAAGUUAUCUUACAAGUCAUUACAGAUAUUAAUAAUAAUAAAGUAUUUUAUACUGAUAGUAAUGGAUUAUCAUUAUAAAGACGACAAGUCAAUCACAGAGAUUCAUGGCAAAUGACAGUUCUUGAACCAGUCUCAGGCAAUUAUUUCCCUGUUAAUGGUGCAAUUAUGAUUAAGAAUGAAAAUGGAAAUUAAGCAUGUGCUGUUCUCAAUGAUAGAGCUUAAGGAGGUACAAGUCUUAAUAAUGGUGUUAUUGAAUUAAUGUUAUAAAGACGUUUAAAUAAUGAUGAUAACAAAGGAGUCUAUGAAAGACUUGAUGAAUAAGAAGAAGUUGAUAAAAAAAAAGUUGGAAUGCGAUAAAUGAUGUCCCAUACAAUUGUAUUCUACAACCCUAAAUCUGAUUCUAAUAUUCUAAGACAAUUAUAGUAUUAACAAGAUUUGAAACCUUUAAUUUAUUUCUCAACUUAAGAUUAAGUUGAAUAUAAAUCAUUGGAAAAUAAAUUCGAAAAAUUCAUUGAAAAAUAAUCUGAUUAUAAUUUAUGCAAAUUUUAUAUCGAACCAUGGUUAACAGAGAAUUAAUAUUUAGUUAGAGUGCAUAAUUUAAGAGAAGAAGGAAUCUAAAAACUUAAAUUUCCAGCCGGCUUAAAAUUUACAGAAACUACUUUAACAGGCAACUAAGAAUUAAAGAAUUGGGAAUAAAACAGAUUUAGUAAUAUAAAUAUUUUUUAUAUUUUUAGUAUGGACUGACACAUAUACAAAUCAAUCAUCUAAACAAACUUAUUAAGAGGAUCAAGUUGGACCUAUGAAAAUUAGAACAUGGAUUGUUACAAUUUGA